GUGCUGGAGAGUCUGGGAAAAGCACCAUCGUGAAGCAGAUGAAGAUUAUCCAUGAGGAUGGCUACUCCGAGGAGGAAUGCAAACAGUACAAAGUGGUUGUGUACAGCAACACCAUCCAGUCCAUCAUUGCCAUCAUCAGAGCCAUGGGGAGGCUAAAGAUAGACUUUGGGGAAGUUGCCAGAGCUGAUGAUGCUCGACAGCUGUUCGUGCUGGCAGGGAGUGCUGAGGAGGGAGUGAUGACCCCUGAACUGGCAGGAGUCAUCAAGAGGCUCUGGAGAGACCCUGGAGUCCAGGCCUGCUUCAGCAGAUCCAGGGAAUACCAGCUCAACGACUCUGCUUCCUAG